AUGGGAUUCGAGGAGCUGCUACACAAGGUGGGAGGCUUUGGGCCCUUCCAGCUGCGGAACGUGGCACUGCUGGCCCUGCCCCGUGUGCUGCUGCCCAUGCACUUCCUCCUGCCCAUCUUCCUGGCUGCUGUGCCAGCCCACCGCUGUGCCCUGCCUGGAGUCCCUGCCAACUUCAGUCACCAGGACGAGUGGCUGGAGGCCCACCUGCCCCGGGAACCUGACGGCAGGCUCAGCUCCUGCCUCCUCUUCACCCAUCUCCAGGCCCUCCCCAACACCACGCUGUGGGGAGGGGGGCAGAGCCCUGGGGAGCAGCUGGAGGGUGAGCCCUCCACAGUGCCCUGCCCUCAGGGCUGGGAGUACGACCACUCGGAAUUCUCCUCCACCAUUGCAACUGAGGCCCCUCCCUGCCUGUCCCUGCAGUGGGACCUGGUGUGUGAGCAGAAAGGCCUGAACAGAGCCACUUCCACCUUCUUCUUCGCCGGUGUGCUGGUGGGGGCCGUGGCCUUCGGAUACCUGUCUGACAGGUUUGGGCGGCGCCGUCUGCUGCUCGUGGCCUAUGUGAGUUCCCUGGUGCUGGGCCUGGCAUCUGCAGCCUCAGUCAGCUAUACCAUGUUUGCCAUCACUCGCACCCUCACUGGCACGGCUCUGGCUGGCUUCACCAUCAUCGUGAUGCCACUGGAGCUGGAGUGGCUGGACGUGGGACACCGUACUGUGGCAGGUGUCCUAAGCAGCACCUUCUGGACAGGGGGUGUGAUGCUGUUGGCACUGGUCGGCUACCUGAUACGGGACUGGCGAUGGCUUCUGCUGGCUGUCACCCUGCCUUGUGCCCCAGGCAUCCUCAGCAUCUGGUGGGUGCCUGAGUCUGCACGCUGGCUUCUGACCCAGGGCCGUGUGGAAGAGGCUCACAGGUACCUGCUCCGCUGUGCCAGGCUCAAUGGGCGGCCUCUGGGUGAGGAUGGCCUGAGCCAGGAGGCUCUGAGCAAAGUGGCUGCUGCGGAGCGGGUGGUCCGAACACCCUCAUACCUAGACCUGUUCCGGACACCAAGGCUGCGACACAUCUCAUUGUGCUGCAUGGUGGUGUGGUUUGGAGUGAACUUUUCCUAUUACGGCGUGAGCCUGGAUGUGUCGGGACUGGGGCUGAACGUGUACCAGACGCAGCUGCUCUUCGGGGCCGUGGAGCUGCCCUCCAAGCUGCUGGUCUACCUGUCGGUGCGCCACGCCGGACGCCGCCUCACGCUGGCAGGAACGCUGCUCGGCGCCGCCCUCGCCUUGGGCUUCAGGCUGUUGGUGUCCUCCGAGGUGAAGUCCUGGAGCACCGCCCUGGCGGUGAUGGGGAAAGGUUUUUCUGAAGCUGCCUUCACUACUGCCUACCUUUUCACGUCGGAGUUGUACCCUACCGUGCUCAGACAGACAGGGAUGGGGCUGACUGCACUGGUGGGCCGACUGGGGGGCUCUUUGGCCCCACUGGCAGCCUUGCUGGAUGGAGUGUGGCUGUCACUGCCCAAGCUCGCUUAUGGGGGGAUCGCCCUGCUGGCUGCCUGCACUGCCCUCCUGCUACCAGAGACAAAGCAGGCACAACUACCAGAGACCAUCCAAGACGUGGAGAGGAAGAGUGCCCCAUCCAACCCUCAGGAGGAAGAGAUGCCCAUGAAGCAGGUCCAGGACUGA